CACAAAGAAGGGAGUGGUGAUCUCGGUUUAUGAGAAUGAACAAACAUUCAGGGAAACUGAGAAUGACAGCCUUUUUCAAAUGGAAGAAGCAGACGUGUGUGAGCUCUCGGAAGAUUAUGAAGCUGAAAAUGUAUUCUCAAUCUGGAUAUCCUGCGAUCACAAAAUUAGGGGACCACACAGAUGAAACAUGGAUGCUCACCUAGCUUGUUUCUGCUAUCAAAGCCAUGGGGUUUACUAGAUUCCGGUGGAUCUGCACUUUCAUUGGACUGAUUUUCUCAGUGGUGGAUAUCGUAUCUGAUUUAUUGCUGAGCUUGAAGUAUUUCAAGGAAGGACACUACAUCUGGUUUGCACUGACGCUCUUGUUUCUUCUUGCUGGAUCUCAGUGCACACAGAUUUUCAGCUACUCUUGGUUUAUGAAUGAUUAUAAUGGCGAAGUGGAGACAAAAACGCAUAUCACUCAUAUGGGCUUGCUCCAUCUGGUACACAUGGGCUUCUUCGCCAGGUACUAUGAUCUCCUGAAGACAAGCUUUAGUUGUGUAUGGAGGGUGCACUCUGAGUCAAGUAAGGAGAAGGAGCUGUUUGGGAUGGCAGCUGAUCUGAGCAUGCUGCGACUGAUGGAGAUAUUUCUGGAGAGCGUUCCUCAGCUCCUCCUGCAGAUGUACAUCAUUCUGCAGCACCAACAUACCUCCAAACUACAGUAUCUUUGUAUGGUUGUGUCCUUCCUAAACGUAGCCUGGAGCACAGUGGAUUACUGGCGCUGUUUACGCAGAUCACUGCCCAACGCCAAAGAAAUGCCAAGUGGAAUUCCUACAGUCAUCUACCUGCUUUAUAAACUCUUAACAAUCACCGCCCGCAUUCUGAGCCUCACUCUGUUCAUCAUGCUGACCCCCUGGAGUAUCCUGGUGUUAGUUGCUAUCUGGCUAACAGCGACAGUGUGGGCUCACGUGGUAAAAACUGAUUUCUGCACCUCACUGUGUUUGGAGGAGAUUUAUCGCAGUGUUGUCGGGGUCAUUCUUGUCUUCACCUUUUUCAACAUAAAAGGAACGAAAACCAAAAAAGAGAUGAGCAUAUAUUAUGCGAUGAGCACAUUGCAAAACUUCUCAGCUCCUGUUGUCCUAUUCCUGUUCAUGCCGAGGACUGCAGAUUCAGACUUCUUUUUACCUGUUACAGUUUUCAUAUUAAUGUCUAAUAUAAUUGGACUGGGAUUCCUUGUCCUCUACUAUAGUGCUUUACACCCGCCGACUCAAGACGAGGCAGAUGUAGUGGAUGGGAUGGUCACAGUCAACACAAAUAAUCCCUUGACUACAAGUCGUUCAGAGAGAUUUUUAAGGCUCUAACACCUUGCUGGAUGAGGACGAUAUUUAAAGACUCAUGGAAGCUAAAUUUGUUAUUGUCUUGUAUGCACAGAGCUGGAGUACUGGUCAGAUUUGCUAAUGUGUACAAAUGUUUAAGCAGAAGUACUCUCCUUUUCAUUUAAAGUGGCUGGAGUUCAAAGAACUUUUAUUAAAAUCGCACAUUCCCCCUUAAACUGUUUUUGAAUGUGUUCGAAUCUAGUGAGCAAAGCUAAUCUAGUGAAAACUAGAGCAAAGCUAGCAAGUAAGGUGGUGUUUACAUUAGACCGUAUCAGCGGAUCAUCAGAUUAACGUUUUUAAAACGAUUCGUGUGCACACAGCAACGCCAAUACACGAUUCACGUGCACACAGCAACGCCAAUACACGGAUACGCUAAUCACAUGACUAAUUAGACGGCAUGUCACAUGAUCCCAGUGCAUAUCGGGCAUGCGCAAGUCACUCACCACUUGCAAGUGGAAGGAUGGCAAGCGAACACCUUUUCCAGCAGAUAAACAGACCUGGCUGUGAUGUUCAUGUUCUCACUGAGUUUAAGCGCCUGAAGGAGGUAAAUAAGUUGAAAUGUGUAAAUAAACCUCAGUGCGGCUCAGCGCUUCCUCCUGCGCUCCAAAUCACUCCGCCCUGAACAGCGAGUGCCCUCUGGAGGGUGCGCACUCCGGCCCUGCGCAGCUCACAGAGCGCGCGAGUGAAGCGCACGAGCAGUGAUUCGGGACUGAGCUGCUGUGUGUCGUUUCCUGUAGUCCGCGCCGUUUUUCAGCAGUCGUGUCACAUGACCAACGUGGCAAGACCAACGCCAGCGAAUCAGGAAGGUGGAUGUCACAGUGACGUUGUCCAAUGACGACGUCAGCUAGAGCUCAGCACUGCGUUUCCUCGUUCCUCAAUGUUUACACAGCACAGGAUCAGAUACGAACUGGGUUGAAUACGUGGGCCCUGGCGGAUUCAAGUUGUUCCGCCUGUGGAGUCGUUUCCCGGCGUUUUAAUGUGCACGGACAGUGCAUCCGCGAUGAAAACGAGACGGAUACGGUCUAAUGUAAACACCACUUAAUGUAAACACCACCUAAGAGCAAAGGUAGUUUGCAAAAGCUACCUCUGUAAUUUAAAGGUAAAUUAGGAAACCUGGUGAGUGAAAGCAAAGGCACUAUACAAAGGCAAAAAAGCAAGAAAAAUUGAACCCUGUGAGUGAAAGUUAACCUCUUCAAUGCUGAUGCAUAAUAGAGCAUUGGUUUGAUUGUUGCGAAAGACCAGCACCUGUAGGGAGGGUUCAAGCUGUUCAUCAUCAUCAUCAUCAUCAUCGAAAAUAAAAGUCUGCCCAUCGACGCAACAUUAAAAGCUUUAAAAAAAUACAACAAAAACCUUAACCUCUAGCCUUAAUCCACAACCUACUGAUACAUGAGAUAGUUUACACAAACAAAUGAAUAAUUUCCAUUCUCUUCCAUUGUGUUCUCUGUAUGUGAUAUCAAGUGUUCACAUUAAAAUACAUGAAUAUGAAAAGCAAUAUAAUUUAGAAAUGAUAAUAAUUAUCAUUCCUAGAGCUCCUAACUGUAGGGACUGUAAGCCUCAUUCCUAACUGUUCACGACUACUUGUCAUGAUAAAGACUGAACUGUUAAGUCGACUGAAGGAUUAUUAUGAAAGCAACAUUGAAGCACUUUACUAAAACUCAACCUUAUCACUAAUACACAUUUAUUGCUUUAGGCAUAGAUGAAAAUUAGAUUUUUUUUUCAGAAAUUCUGCUGAAAUCUUUCAACAGAUAAACAUUAAACAUUCACACAUCGUUUCAUCUCAUGUCAUAAGUGUAAUAAGUAUAUUAUGUCCAAUUAUUUUAUAUGUCAUCUGUGUUAAAUAUGGGUAUGUUGCUAAAAUUUCAAUAACCUGACAAAAACACCAGAUGGUGCUGUACUACAACCACUUUCCGUAGAAAAGCUGUUAAAUUUUAGAAUAACUUGCAGAUAUGAAUAAACAGU